UGGAAGGUAGUGCUCGUUUCAUCGGCUAAAAAUUCAUUGUUUUGAGAGGCAAACAGCUUAUAUUAACCCUUCUACCAAGAGACUAACUAAUGGUAUACAACACGGAGUCUGUCUUGCAAUCAAUGGAGAUUUAACUGGUCGGUAUUCAAGAACAAGAAGAAUCAAGACAAUCAGUAACACUGCAAAACACUUCCUGUUUGAGUGUAGAAUUUAACAGGACAAGUCUAACAAGAAGACCGGAAUAUCAAACGCAGAGGUACGUUCCUUUCGUUCCUUUAAAUUCUCUUCGGCGAAGAUUUAUUUCUGAUUCGAUGAGGGCUUUUUCCAGAAAUAAAACCGGUGGUGAAAGACAUAAGGCGAGUCAAGUAGAAGCAUGUUCGUAGAUCAUGCGGUGUGAUCCGUCGCGUCUACUAGUUCACGAGAAACAAAUUAUUAUAGAAUGGCGGAUUUGUUAUUGUUCUUUCGUAAAUUACAGCAAAAUAGAAGGAAAUAUUGUACAUGGCUAAGUUCUGAGGAUACAGAAAACGUUUGUUUAAUAGAUGGUUUGGAUUUAUUUUAUUCAUCCCCGGCAUAGUCAAUCGAACGAAACCGAACCAAAACUCAAUCGAGCACAAUCGAACCUAAUCGGUCGGAUUGUUGUUCGAUUGGUUCGGUAAUCGAACAUAAUCGAACUGAAACUUUUCGGUGAGUUAGAUUACCGAACCUCAAUCGAACGCAAUCGACGCGAUUAGUGGGGCACGAACGCAAGACGAACCCCUAAGAACGUCUGCGUGGAAGGCUACAAAUUCCCACGCAGCACGCGAGAAUUCACCGCGCUUGGUUGCCCCGGCUUUAAUCUAUAGACCUUGUCACGGUUUUCGACGUCAUCUUGACGAGUAGGCAAACGCGUGAAAAAUUACGAUGUUUGUAUGAAAAUCUAAUGUCGAAUAAUUUCCGUAGUACGGCUGUUCUGAAAAAAAUAUCAAUUACGUGGGGAUUUAUAAGAUAAGAUUUAUGAAUCAAACAAUGUGUGGUCACGUUGAUUGUUUUGCUGGGUAAACUAUUGCAGUACGUAGUCUUUUGGUGCAGGUCAUUGGGCUUUUCAAAAACACGCAAACGCUGAAGCUCAACAGCCGCCUUCACAGUUACGUUUUUUCGCUGCUGUUAAUCGUCAUUACGAUCACAAGAAAAGAAACCUUGAAACACAGAAACUCACAAAACGGAUCGAAAUCCACCGAUCACAAAUCAGAAACCAUGACCUUUUGAAUCCGUUGAAGUAAACUUCUGUUUCCUAAGAGGUCCGCUAAGAUGAUUGGCGUCUGACAUUUUUUUUGACGAGGGGAUCGAAAUGCACCAAUCAAAGAAAGACAAUUUUAAUGGCAUGUUUCCUAAGAGGUCAUCUGAAUUUGCUGUUUUUGAUGUCGUUUGAUCCGAAAUUCUUCAAAGCGGCAGGAAGAAGCAGUUUCGAUAAAAUUUGGCGACGUUGCGAGGAACUUGUCAAUAUAUUGUUAAAGUGUGUUAUCGUAGUGCCUUAAACUUACAAAUGCACACACUGUUCGUGGUAGGCCCACACUAAAAGAUGACACCGAGCGUUUUUGGAAUGGGCUGGUCCGCGAACUCAAAGAAAAACAAACGAAAUUGUCAAGUGGCAUCAAAUACUCAUAGACGAAAUGACAAUCGGAAUAUCAGGAGUAUACGUGUGAAAUGGAUAAGAGUUUGAAGAGAGGAAUGUGUAUCAAGUUUGAGAGUCGAAAGAUUUGUAUAGCUGGUAGUCAGUGUGACAAAAGUGAUUUGGAUAUUCACAGUGCGGAAGACAAGAGGCUGCAUGUGUUAAUAUAUAUGUGUUCCGAUGAAGGAAGAGACGAUUGUCAACAAUUGAAACCAAAAGGGAGUCACGCUUCUUUUGUAACUACUGUGAUAGCUUUAACAAUUCUUCUUGACCUUUCAAUUUUGUUUGGCCGAGUGACUGUUUAUGUACUUGUUUUUGUAUUACGCGUUGUGUUUUAUGUAACGCAGUUCAUGCGCGAUGCUCGGCGUCAGGAUUUUGGGUUAUCAGCAAGUUUUGUUUCACAAUUAAGAGUGUUUUGAUGGCAGUGAGGUGACAGGAAGACGCAAUGACUCUAUUGUAUAGAAGCAGAAUUGUGUUGUAGAGGAAGUAAAAGAAGUUGAAUUUAGAUCUCGUCGUGCAUGGGAAAUUUAUUUAUUAAGGAACUUACAAUUCCGUUGGUUUCAAUAGGGUUAGUCAAUUCUCUCGAUGCGGUCGUGCGAAUAGCAGACUGCCGAUGAAGAAAAUGAAAUCUAUGUUACAGAAAACACGUGAGAGUUUUUGCAUGGAAGGGUAUUCGGAAAAAUACACCAUAUGCCACUGGGUCAGCAUUUGAAACACUCUUAACUGUGAACUACCACUCAUUCAUUUUAACGGUGGGAAUUAUUUGUGCUGCUAUCUACAGCAUUGAGGGUGGGGGGUAUAAAGUAUUUGAUUCUCAUGCUAGAGAUAUGUAUGGUAACAGUCAUAGUGAAGGGACAUGUGUAUUGCUGGAAAUCAAAUCCAUGCAUAAAUUAGUACAAUAUUCAGUCUAUAUGGAAAUGAGGAUAUAUAUGAGCUUAAAGGUGUACAUAUUGCGAACUUUGAAGUUGAAUUUUGUGUGACAUCUUCUUUGGCGCUCGACAACUGAGAGCAAAAAUAUUGUUAAACUCUUGGUAAUAAGCCAAACCAUUCACAACGUGUGUGUGGGUGUACUAACAGUAAGAAACAUAGGCACGUUUAACGUACAUGAGCUAUUUUGAAUGCUUCAGUGUAAUCGUAUCAACAAUCUACUAUUUUAAUCCUAAAGAGACUUUUUUAAAGACUUUUUGCGAACCGCUGCGCACAGCUAGGUCGAUCUUCAUAUUAUAGAUUCACUUUUCUUUGUCUUUCCCUGCAAAAUAAGCAAAUUGUUGAAGUCCUAUGAAUAUCAACUCACCAAACGUUGCUUAAAGGAAAGACUCGAAGGUUUCAAGGUUUCUUCAUGGAAACUUAAGAUAAUGAAGCUCGUCGAAUACCAAAUAGCUAAGAAAUGCCCCGAUUUUCGUCAUUUUUGUAGAUGGUUGCAUCAUCAUUAUUCACGAGGUUGUCACGUGCGAUUCUACUCAAUGAAACAGUCUUUAACUCUGACGACUUGAUUUUGAAAGUGAUAUAAGUUAUUGAUUUUUAAAAGAAAAGAGCCUUCGCUUAAGGCACUAGUUACAAAACUAAAGAUGCCUUCACACAUUCAACUUACAAUAAUUACUGUAAAAAGCCAGUCUGCAUAAGAUAUACAGUCACGCAGUUUGCACGUGAAAGUGUUAGUCUUGGCCCCUUUCUUGGUUCGUACGUGACGGAAUUCAGUUAUCACACAGUAAUCCAGGAUUGUACAAGAACCCCAUAAUGGGGGUACAUUGGUUUGACGUCUUUCUUGACAAACUGGCAUACUGCGCCAAAAUUACAUCCCUGCCAGGCUUAGGGCUUCGUCACGCGUUCCUUUCCCCUGCGUGACGAGGCAAAGAACGUCCGAGUGGGAAGCUAAAAUUGUCUCCCUUUUUUAAAAUUCUAGUCUUGGUUAAAGAAAGUAUAAGAGAUUUGAAAUGCCUUCGCAGUCUGUUCGAAUAUUGCCGCCGCUACAGAAUAUUAGCCAGCGAAAGCGUAACCACGGCCUCUCGUUUGUUUUUCUUUGAGUUCGCGGACCAGCCCAUUCCGAAAACGCUCGGUGUCAUUUGUUAGUGUGGGCCUACCACGAACAGUAUGUGCAUUUGUAACAUGCAAUUAAAACUGUCUUUCUAUGAUUGGUGCAUUUCGAUCCUCUCGUCAAAAAAAUGUCAGACGCCAGUCAUCUUAGCGGACCUCUUAGGAAACGAAAGUUUACUUCAACAGGUUCAAAAGGUCAUUGAGUGUGAUUUAUGAUUGGUGGAUUUCGAUCCGUUUUGUGAGUUUCUGUGUUUCAAGGUUCGUUGCUUGUGAUCUUAUUGUGACCCGAAACCCGACGUUAAUAUUCCAAAUAUUUUUGAUAGAUUUCAUCCCUGGACUUCAGACUUCCCAAUUUCGAUGAGGUAAAAAUACUGAAGAUUCAGAUUAACUUUUGAGAUCGUAAAAGUUUGAUAAAGUGCCGUGCUAGCAGAGCUUUCUUUCCCACAUGCCUCUUACCUUGUACAAGACGUUCGCAUAUUGCACAUUUGCGUCAAAACAAACCGUUUCGAUUGCUCUAUUAGGGCCACGCCCAAAUAAAAAGGAAAGAAGAGCUAACAAUACAGACUGAGACUUUUUGCCAAUUACUUUUUCGGUCCGCCAACUUUUGUGUAUUAAAAAUUGAAUCCUCCUUUUCCCCGUAUUUUCUAAAGCUUGGGUAAAGUAAAUAAUGUGUGUUCAUGGAACAUCUUCACAACGGCGACAAAGAUCCUUAAGUGUGAAAUGACGCCAGAAAUAUUUGCUUAUGAAUGCAUGCUUCACGUUUGAUUGAGAAAGAGAAAAAUGUAAAAAAAUAAAAUAAUUCGCAGUGAAGAGAAAUACUGCUGCAAGUAAAAUAGGUGAUAGCGUCAUUUCGUUACUAUGACGACUCCGAUGUCAUUGGAACCCUGAUCAUAACAAACUUUGAUCGAAAAACUGUAUCGAGCCACCUUAAGUUACGCAUCUGUACUAAUAAAAUAAAAUACAUUUCCAUAACUAUAAUAACACUAAAGCAGCAAGCAUGUAUCAUGUUCCCCACCUAAUUCAUGUUUUUUUUUGCCGGUACGAAAAAGGUCUGUUGAGCUUUGUAAGCGAGAGAAUAAAGCUUGUUUACAGGAUUAAAUUGGUUUGGAAGGAAAUAAAUGUUUGGCCAUCAACCUUAACGUUGCAUGAAGCAUAAUUUAAUCCCAGAUGUUGUGAAGCAGAAGCGAUUUCUUAAAAUCGUUUCAGCAAAUUUUCGAGUAAACAAUUUGCGUUCUUUUACGUACGAAUUUUAAAAGAAACAAAGUCCCACAUCUUCACGUGCAAAUUGUGUGCAUGAGUUAUUUUUAUAAUCCUGCUUACUGGAUUACUGUGAUAAUAAACCUCUUUAGUUUGUAUUUUUUGUUUUCUCAAAAGAAGUCCCAAGUCCCAAGGGAACUUGAACCAUUGUCUUUUCAUAAAUUAUGCGUAGAUGUGCACGUGAAUGAGACGAAAUUUGUAAGAAACGGUUCCCUAGAGUAUUAUCACAUGACCUGUAUUAGGAAAAAACGUACAAGCUAAAGAGGUCUAUUCGAAUUCCCCCACGUAAGAACCACGAAAGGGGCAAGGUCCAACACUUUCAGGUACAAACUGUGUGACUGUACAUCUCAUGCAGACUGGCUUUUCGCAGUAAUAUUAAAAUAGUAACAUGAAUGUAUGAAGACCUCUUUAAUUUUGUAACUAGUGCCUUAAGUAAAGGCUCUUUUCUUUUAAGAAUCAAUAACUUAAAUCACUUUAAGAAUCAAGUCGUCAGAGUUAAAGACUGUUUCAUCAAGUAGAAUCGCACUUGACAACCUCGUGAAUAGUGAUGACGCAACCAUCGAGAUACUUGUAAGGUAUAUACACGUCCUAGAAAACAGUCGGAAUUCGAGCGCGAGUGUUGAUGCUUUGGCAGCGAAUGUGAGCGUAGCAACCUCGUUCCCAGGGUUCUGUCACGCGGAUGUGUGAGUGAAUGUACAACUCAGCAACGAACUAUGUCGUUUUCAUAUCGUGCAGUGAGUUCGUGUCGGAGCCAAAGAGCCGAUCUCUGUUAACGCAAAUUCCAAUUGAACGAGUGAAUAUUGAGCGAGUGUGCAUAUCGAAACCCAUCACAAAAACCCUUUGUAUGAUUGGAAGAUAAAAAGAGGAAUAAGUUAGUGACCAGAAACGGUCAUACUAUAAACUUCCUCUUACAAGCCCUCCACUUAUAACGACCCCCCCCCCCCCCCCCCCCAACACCCCCCCCCUCCACCCCCCCCCACAAAAAAAACAAACAACACCCCACACCACCAUCAACGACAUCGCCGUUCCAUGUAGUAACAGAACGUCAUUUUGUCACAUUUCUAUUAUAUAACAACAACAGCAAAAAUAAAAAAUUUAAAAUCUGGGCAGUGGUUCGUGGCGGGGCCCAAAGGGCGACUCUCGUUAAAGCAAAAUUCCAAUGAACAAAGUAAAUAUGGAGGGGUUUGCAAAAUUAAACCCAAACAAAAAAACCUUUUUUUGUUUGGAAAAAAAAAAAGGGAAAAAAUUUGGUACCAGAAAAGGUCAAUCUUUAAACUUCCCCUUAAAAAGCCCCCCCCUUAAAACGCCCCCCCCCCCCCCCCCCAAGUCAUAGGCCCGUCUACCUGUAAGCAAAAAAAUGGACCAGUUAUCACGCCCCCAGGAUAUAAGGCCCCUCUGGCUUGAAUUGAAGUGAAUUCGUUUUUUAAAAACGUUUUAAAUCCUAAGAAACGAGUAAAUUCAAAAGAAUAAUCUGAUCAGCACUGCUAUGCUAUUUAGUCCACUUAUAAGCCAACCCCCACCCCGUUAAGUUGCAUAAGCAAUAAAGAGCUUAAAAGGGUAAGCUUUCGGUAUGACAUUUCAGUCUGCUGUGUAAACAUUAAUUUUAUCCAUUUCUGUAUUGAAAAAAAUGCUAGUUGAGAAAAAGUACCCACAACCUAUGUAAAUAAAGUAUCCGGUAAGCCGCUUUUAAGUGUAUUUCUUAGGUGUAUUGUAGUGACCUUUAUUGAGGAUGCAAGGAACUGAGUUCAUUAUGCCUAUUUAAUGCCGCGAGACUUCGCAUUUUUGUCAGCAGUGGCAGGACAUUAAUUGUCAGUCACUUAUUCCAAAUUUUUAAUUGUAGUUCUUUUCCACCAUCUUCUUUUUUUGUAUGUUCAACCUCGUUCCCAGGGUUCUCUCCUGGGUAGGAGAGAGAAAAAUAUAUUAAAUACAGCAAGUCCACAGCAACAAACUAAUGAGUGGUGCCGGAUCUCCCAGCUGUGGACCUGAAUCAGUACAAUUAAACUUGAAGAAAAAUAUGAAACGACAAACUGAUCCUAACGGCAAGGCGAUGAAGAAGUAAACAAAAGAAUAAAACAAAAAAUAUAUAUUUAUUUAAAUAUAUAUUUUUUGUUUACUUGUUCAUUUUUUUUUUAUUUUUCUAGGAGAGAGAACAUGGAAACGAGGUUGUUGUAUCUUAAGGAGAGCGUAUAUUUGACAUUUAUUUGUACUCCGGUAGCAGGAGGUUUUAGCCCGGGUUUUAACUAUAUCGCCUGAUCUACAUCCGCACUUGUACCCUUCCAUAAAUACUGUAGUCGCGCCGACCCUUUUUUGACCCCGGCUUGACUCCAAUCCGGUCAAAAAUGUGCAAUUACUGUAGAUGAGUUGUCAUGGAAACGAUGUAAAUACUCUGUUGAUGCCACAUUACGAGAGGUCGGAGUAGAAAAAGAACCCCUUUUUUUCCCCCCCUUUUGCCCGUCUCGUGAUUUACCACUCAAUUAGCCCGCUUGGCAGACGUUUGAAAGGAAAAGGGAAGGGGAUUCAAGGCCAGCGAGAUCGCGCGCCGAAAUUCCGUUCCCCUUCCCUUUCGACAAAUUCAGUUUGAUUUGAUUUUGUGGGACUUCUUGCGGCGACAAAAUUCUGUUGCAGAGACAAAGAUUUUCACAAAAAUUCUCCAGUACACACGAAGGGAUUUGUCGCUGCGACGUGUCGUCACAACGUGUUGCCGCAACUUGUCGCCUAGUGUCCCUUUUGUCUACUGAACGCGCACGCGCAGUACGCAGGAUCCUGUAACAUUAUGCUAUGAUGAUUCCCUUGGUCAUGCUAUGGAGGGACGUAUUGGGGAAAAAACAAGUAAAAAUCUCAAAGAAGAUAUUAUACAGAAGGAUCCCGAUCAACUCGAACUCCCCGCUUACUCGAUCGAACUAAGUCCAAUUUCCCUUGGGUUUCACCCUUCCUUUUAGUCGGAUAACUCGAAUUCCCUAACUCGAACUAAAUUUCCUUUCCUCUGAUCAAAAUUACCCGUUAACUCGAAUUCUGGUUCUUGUAACUCCACUCGGAUGCCAUUCCAUUGGCUCUUCUUGUUGUAUUAUUAGUGAGAGAACUAAAUCUAACAUAGCCUGAGAAAGCAGCCGACACUUUUCGACGCCACCACUGGUUUCCCCGCGAAAUGACGUCUGAGAAACGAGCGCAGAAACUCCAUACCCUCCUGGGCCCCUCUCCUGGAUCCGCUCCUGAUCAGUAUAGAAUUUCUGCGCUCGUUUCUCAGACGUCAUUUGGCUGGGGAAACCGGUGGUAGCGUCGCCAAAUGUCGGUUGUUUUCUCAGGCUAAAUCUAACAUUGGUUAACAAUUUCAGCAAUUUGAUUUUAAUUGGUGCAACGAACAGAUUACCCCUCUGACGUUUUAUCAUAAAAAAUGCCUAAUCAUGUUACUGUUUCUGGUGAGAAGUAAGUUAAACUUGCAGUGCAGUAGCGCUGUACACUGAAGUCCUGAAAAAUCAUGUAACUAUCAAUUUUUAAAACUGAAAAUUGAAUUUUGCAAUCUACCCCAAUAACUCGAACCCUCGCUUACUUAAACUGUUUCCCCCUUCCCUGUCGAGUUCGAGUUACCGGGGUUAUUGUAAUAACAUUCUAUUCCUGAGUUGACUAGAAACUAAUGAAACUCAUUUGUUUCCACUGACUAGAAACUAAUAAAAGUCCUUUGUGUCCAUGGCUUCUGCGUCACCUGCAACUUCCUCUACAAAAGAAACAACUAAUUAUGCCAGGUUAUGCCGUCUUCUCGUCGAUGUGGGCACUUUUGCCCUCAGGGAUUGCUUUGAUGCCAUUUACACCCCGCGAUCUCUUCACACGUUCUUAGCAGCUAAUCAACCCACUUUGCAGUCUCUGAGAUCAAGUAGGAUCAUCAAUGCUAUACAAUGGGGAAAACUCUUUCCUGUAGUCCCUUCUUCAGUGGCUUCAACAGAUUUCGAUAUCACCUUGCUGAUGAUUCUUUUAAGAAACAUCUGUGGCCUGGCUCCCCCAGUUACUGGCUGGGACGCCCUUCCUGCCGCCACAGACUUCAGCCGUGAAGCAGACAUUGCACGAGUCAAGUACUUCAGGAAUACAGUGUACGCUCAUGCUGAGUACGCUUCUGUUGAUGAUGCAACAUUCGACACACACUGGAGGGAAAUCCGAGACACUCUAGUAAGGCUGGGAGGAGUUACUUACGAGGUAAUCAUUCGCUUAAGUCACCUAGCAUUGUUACUGCCAUUUUCACUAUGGUUUAAUAGAACAGAAAGAUUGGCAGGUAGUCAAAACAGAGCUUCAUACAAAUUGUUCUUAUCAGAACCAUAGAAAAUGUAGGGACAACAGCGUGGAGAAUGUGUAUGCUGAUUUUAAUACGUAGGAGGGAUUAUACCUAUUAGUAAAAUCCAACUAGUGGUCUAUUAUCAGUGCUGUGUUCUGAUUGGUUGAGCUACUACUAGGCUAUAUGUUAUAGCCCACUAGUAGCGAAAAGCGCCGGCUUUGAAAACCAAAACAACGGCGGCUGAAUAGCGUUUUGACCAACUAGUUGGGUUUUAUUAAAACAAUUAUUCCUCUCGCCCUCAUGGCCUCUGAGUCAAUAGCCCAUGAGGCCUUCCAUGGGCUAUUGACUCAGAGAUUAACUGUUAAAUACGCUGAUACACUAGUACACAGUGAUUUCUAAAAUGUUUAUUCCUUUCUAUUUCAAGGUCGCUAUUGACAACCUGGGAUUUUGUAGUAUGGAUCCCAGCACGGAGCAUCACUACAAAGAACUCCUUGAUCAGUGGAAAAAUGAUGAAGAUAACAUCAGAAAUGAAUUAAAAGUAAUUGGCACCGACGUAAAAGAAGUUGCUACCGACGUCAAAGAAUUUGGAACAGUUAUAAAAGAAGUGGGAACGGACAUAAAAGAAUUUGGCACAGAUGUUAAAAACCUCGCAAAGAAGCUUGAUGACUUUGUGACAUCAACUGUGACUCCUGUCAGGGAAAUCAACGAUAAAGGCAAGUAUAGACAAAUAGACGCUCUCAGAGCGCGGACUAUUUCUGCAAACACUGAGGAAAACGUCAACUGAGGCAAAAAAAGUAAAGGUCUUGCGUUUUAAAAUUGUCUUGAAUUUAAGUUACUGAUAAGCAGCUCUCAGCUAGCACAGAUCUGCGAAAACCGGGUUGACUUUGAAAACACUACCGUGAGAUGCUUACAGCCAAUGGCAAUAAAGUUAGUUGUUUCAAUUAAAUCGCCUUGAGAUCCAGAGGAAAAUUAGAAGGACAGAGGAGUAAACAAUAUUUCAUCUGUAAGGUUACCACACACCAAGCUCUUAAGGUUAUGUUACACGAGACGAUUCACAACGACGAUUUUUAGGGCAACACAGCGUUGUGACAUUGUUGCGACGUUGUUUCGAAUUGUUACAACAUUGUUCCAACAUUACAACACUGUGUUGCGCUUAAAAUCGUCGUUGCGAAUCACCUCACCUUAAAAGUUGAUGUUACACGGGGCGAUUUGCAACGACGAUUUUUAAUGCAACAUAGCGUUGCAACUUUGUUGCGAAAUUGUUUCGAAUUGUUGCAACAUUGUUAGACUUGUUACAACAUUGCACUGCUUUGUUGCGUUAAUUAUCACCUUUAAGAUUGCUGAGAAUGCUUGUAAGGGCGUGCUACAAAAGUGCGAAAAAUAAACACAAGCACAGAAGCCUACGUUUAAACCAGUGAGACGUAAGGACAUUUACAGGCAUCGUGAACUUGUGCCCGCGAAAUGCUUGCGUUGUCCCAGUUUGUAUGUACAUCAAAACGACGCAAAACUCUGCUGGUUUCAGUUUAUUCAUACGGCUGCCAGUUUACAGCCUAGCGAGGGAUUGCGAUAAACGUAUUUCUAGUUGGUGGAAUUUGGCUUGGGGGCCUGAAAGUUUGUGUUAGAUCUCUGAGCUCCGUUUACCCUUCAAAGUGCGGUACUUGUGUGAGCGCGUUUAUGGGUACGAGUUUAAUUGUGAAUAUACGCAAGACGUGGUGUUAAUUCUUACGGAGAUAAGGCCCUGUUCGCACUCCGACCAAAAAUAGAGUUUGGCGGUUGGAGAAAGUUUGAAAAUUUUGUAAUCACCAUUUUUUGCUUUUGCAACCUUUGUCGCAUCCGAGACAAGUGAAAUGUUUUCUUCUAAGCAGAAACGUCAAUUAAAGGAACUGUAAUUGGUCAUAUUCUUGAAUUAAGAUGACCCGACUAAAGGUGAUGUUACACGGGACGAUUCUCAAAGACGAUUUUAAGCAUAACACAUCGUUUCAAUGUUGGAACAAUGUUGUAACUAUUCGAAACAAUGUCGCAACUAUGUUGUAACGCCGUGUUGCGCUAAAAAUCGUAGCUGCGAAUCGUCUCGUGUAACAUCACCUUAAGGAUAGCUGUCAAGGAACAAAGGAGUAUUUCGCCUAAAAUUGUAGGCCUCCAAACUUUCUCGACGGCAUCUUUGAAGCUUGGUUAACACUUGUGAAAAUUUAGGUAAGUGAAUAAAAUCGUUCGCAGUAGAAAUGGCUUUUUGUUGACAGAUGUUUUUGCAAGCAAACAAAAUUUUGCGUAGUGCGAACAGGGCCCAAGUCUCGGUGCGGAGUAUUUGUUAUUAGACUCGUAGUUCCCUUUACGCUGUCUCAAACAGGUACUUCGUUUGGUAUGUUCCUUCGUGUUAUCAACUAACUUAACUUUUUUUCGUUUUUCAUAAGGUAACGGGCCAGAAAUUAAUGAGAUCGUGGAUACCUCUUUGGUGUGCAGAGAGAAAUUUCACGAGAAGGAGCUUCUGGCUUCUUUUUGUAAACAGUGCAAAGUGUGUAUUUGUCGCAAGUGUGAACAGACACGUCACAGUCAUCACACAACGGUGGAUAUCGAUCAAGCUGCAGAGCAACACAGAGUCGCUAUUGAAGACAUUGUACAGGAAAUGAAGAGAAAAAUUGCUGAUCAUAAAGAACAAGCGGAAAGAACAAAGGAAUCUUUCAACAGAAGUGGAGAGAGUAUUGCUACCGCACGCAAUAAACUAAUGACAUCUGUUGAAGAACUCAUCCGAUUUUUACGAGAAUACGAAAAAACAGCAAUAACUAAGUUAGAAAUCAUUGAAGGAAAAUACCAAAGAGAGCAGGCAGCGCAACAGGAACAUUUUGAAAUUUCUAUGAAUCAGUUACAAAUACAGGUCGAGGGGUGCGAAGACAUCUUAAAGAGGAACAAAAGCGUUGAAAUUCUUCAAGCACAUCAUGCACUUAUCGGACGCUGCAGAGGUCUUCUAAAUGCAGAAAAGCUGAGCAUUUACAAACCAGCGCAUGUCAGAUACAAAUUAAUAAAGGGCAUAAGGAAAAUUUCAGAAGUGCAGUCGAGGCAGUGGGUGGCAUUAUUAUAAGUAGCAUAGAUCCUUUGCAGUCGGUGGCUGAAGGAACAGGGUUACAGGAAGGUGAGGUCGGAAGGGAAGCGAAAAUUAAAAUAACAACUUUAGAUUUUGAUGGUAACCAUUGUUCCAAUGAAGGCGAUCAAAUUCUCGUCAAAGUUCAGUCUUUCUUAAGGAAAGAGCUGAGCCACAAGAUUUCAUCCGGCAAAGUUGGUGAAUUUCUCGUUAAUUACACACCAGAUUGUGUUGGUGAACAUGAAGUGACAAUUGCGGUUAACGGAGAGCCGCUGACUGGUAGUCCAUGGCGUGUUUUUGUGACUCCACAUCGUUAUAGAUAUUGUUUUUCAUCCGAACCUUCAUUAAUUAAGAAUAUGCUGAAAAGACGAGGUCAAAUUGGUUGUCCCUGUUCUAUUGCAAUAGAUGACUGGUCUGGCAAUGUUGCAGUGGCCUAUUAUGAAAAUAGGGUAAUGCUCUAUCGUUUUUCUCUGCAGUGUGGGAAGCUGUGUGUAGAAAAGCUUGAUACCCUUAAACAACUAAAUAAACCUACAUCAGUAGCAUUCACCAAUUAUAGUGAGAUCGUGGUGAUUGCUUCUGGAAAGAUGUUUCGUUUGAACUGGAAAAAGGAAUUUGUAAAACAUGUCGCCAACAAACACCUGCAGAAACCACAGUAUCUAAAUAUUGCCCAUGAUGGACGCAUGCUGGUGUGUGACAGCGAUACAGUCAAGGUCCUGUCCUCUGAUGGCGCAAAAUUGCUACUAACCAUCAAUGAUCCUGAUGGUGCCAUCUCACGUUGUGCACUGUGUUAUCAGGACAUGUUUUUUGUUUCCUCUCAGACAGGCGUUAAGGUUUUCAGCAAAGAUGGCGUUUUCUUGUACAAUAUUGGUAACUCCGAGACUGGUGAAGGACCACUCAAGUCUCCUGUUGGUCUUGCAAUUGACAGGUUUAAUAAUCUGGUGGUGUGUGAUUGUCAGAAAGCAAAGCUACAGGUUUUCACCCUUGAAGGAAAAUAUGUAAACGCAAUAGAAGGAGAAGACACUGGGCUUAGUGCACCUCAUUCUAUUGUUGUGUCACGUAGUGGUCGGCUGUGGGUGAGUGACGUUAACAAAAUGUGUGUUCACCUUUUCCAGUGA